AAAACCAAGAGAAAAAGGAGCUUCUGGAGAGACGAUUCUCCUACUCCUUCAGCGCGCUUCUCUCCUCUGCUUCUCCCGAUUUGAGGCGACAGAGGAAGAGUGGAUUGAUAAUGGUGGCUACGGACGGGAAUCUGACGUCUUAAGUGAGCUCAAGGUGAUUAGAAGAAAAUGGGAUAUUUGAAAUAGGCUUUUAGGUCUAAAUAUAUAUAGGUUGUUGCUUAGGCUGCUGACCUGAAGCUUGCUUGAUAGACACUUAUGUUCAUUUGCACAUUCUGAUAAUCUGCUUUGUACAACAUGGUCAAGCCAUAUGUAAGGAAGAAGGUGCAGCUUCCUCAAUCCAUUUUCUUUGCACCUGUCCAGGUCGUUGUUUGGGAUCAUGCCAUGUAGUGAAGACAUCCUUGGGAUUAGAUUUUCAUUUGCUUACAGGAGCUUUGUUAAGUUUGUUUGCUUCUGUCUGGUUUAGAGGUGAUGCUGAUAUUAACGACUGACAUCAAGACAAUUGUAUUGCUGCAUAAGAAAGUAUUUGAAGAAUAUCCUUAGGUUUACAAGGUCAUGGUUUUUGCCUUCUACGCUUCUGAAUAUAGUGGAUGGCUUCACCCAAGCUUAUUGUUUUCUCCACUAGAUCGAUAAAAAAUCUGUGGUGAUUUUUUGAAUUUCAACUAGAUGAUGCAUGUAAUUUGUGGAUCUUUGUCAAGUUACUGCUGUUGAUCCAAAUUUGAUCCAUGUGAAAGUGUUUUUUUCCCCAGUCGGUGAUAUAGCAAAUCAGCACUUCUACUUUGUAUGUUUUUGAAGCCAUGGAAACAGCAGGGCAUAUAGCAUCUCAUCUACUUCCUUCUAUUGGGCCUGCACUUGUGAUAUCUGUGGGAUACAUUGACCUUGGAAAGUGGGUGGUAGCUGUGGAGAGUGGGAUCCAAUUUGGAUAUGAUCUCAUGUUGUUUGUGCUCUUCUUCAACUUAACUGCCAUUUUUUGCCAAUACCUCGCAACUUGUGUUGGCAUGGUCACUCAAAAAAAUCUUGCCCAGAUUUGUAGCGAGGAAUAUUCCAGAUUGACAUGCAUGAUAUUGGGGGUUCAAGUUGCACUGUCCAUGAUUACUUCUGAACUAACUAUGAUACUAGGAAUUGCAAAUGGGAUCAACCUUUUUACUGGUGUUGACCUAGCGACUUCUGUUUGUUUGGCUACACUGGGUGCUGUUUUCCUGCCUCUUGUCAUCUUACUGGGCAAAUUUUUGGGUGAAACAAUAUACACAAUUAUAGCAGGGUUGUCUUUGCUAUUUUAUGUUUUUGGGGUACUAAUCAGUCAACCUGAAAUUCCAAUUGUAAAUGAUGUACUUUUUCCAAAGCUGAUCGGGGAGAGUUCAUAUUUAUUAGUGGCUCUUCUUGGUGCAAACAUAAUGGCACAUAAUUUCUACAUUCACUCUGAAAUUGUGCAGCAAAAAAAGACAUUCCUCAAUGCUUCGAUGGGUGCCUUGUUUCAUGACCACUUUUUUGCAAUCGUCUUCAUUUUUACCAGCAUCUUUCUGGUAAAUUAUACGCUGAUGAGUUCAGCAGCAGUUGUUUUUAGUAGAACAAAUGUCAUGUUCAGCUUUCAAGAUGUUUCUUUGCUUAUGGAUCAGGUUUUUAGGACUCCUAUUGCACCUGUAGCAAUUUUUCUGGUCCUUCUCUUCUCUAGUCAAAUUACUUCUCUAACUUACAAUGUUGGAGGGCGACUAAUCUUACAUUAUCUUUUUGGUGCAAAGAUCUCUUCAUGGGUUCAUCAUCUCUUAGUUAGAUCUCCUUCAAUUGUUGUAGCUCUCUGCUGUGCAAAAUGUGCUGGUCCUGCGGGGAUAUAUCAGUUGUUUAUUUUUUGCCAAAUUGUACAAGCUAUGCUUCUUCCAUCUUCUGUGGUUUCUCUUUUUAGAGUUGCAUCAUCCAGUUCGCUGAUGGGAUCCUUUAAACUUUCAUUACAUAUGAAAAUAUUGGCUUUGUUUGCCUUUUUUGGGAUUUUUGCUUCCAAUAUCAUCUUCAUAAAAGACAUGUUAUUGGGGAAUACUAGCUGGGUUAACAACAUUGGAGGAGCUACGGGAAUCACUAGGGAAGUUUUUAAUGUUGUGAUUUUGCUUCUUUCUUGUAUUUCAAUUGUUUCUACAUUUCAUCUGGCAAUUACACCACUGAAUUCUGAAAGUGGUGGACCAGAAACGAAAUUAUGGACCUCCAAUGUUCAAAAAUAUCGGCAUGAAUUAACUCAGGCGACAGAAGAUAUUGAUCACCGCAAAAUAUCAUCUGAAGAAAAUCAAUUUGCUGUACUGGAACCUGCUUUGGGAAAUUCUGUGGGGAAUCAGCAGGAUAAAUUAGUUGUAGAGGUCCAUCUUCAUCCGCUGGACACACCUGUACAUACUGAAGAUCAAUUUCUUCAAUCUGUGCCUGUUCUCAAAGAUACUGCUCAUUAUUCCUCUUUAGUGGAUCAUGCAGUGAAAGCUAAAUCCUUUCCUGAUACUGAUUUGGAAAUUGCGCAUGAGACAUCUAGUGAUAAUUUGUCUGAUCCUGGUGUCUUAGAUAAGUUCGAUAAAGGGCAAAUCCUAAGGGAUGUUUCUAUAGAAACUGAUUACACAGAUAAAAGCAGUGAAGGGACUUUGGAACUUGAAGAAUCCUUUUCAAAGCCUAUUUCUGGAGGGUAUUCUGUGAACUCAUCUGCUCAAAGUGCUGAAGGAAAAAGUCUUGAUAAUGACUACAGGAGCUUAUCAAGAUUGUCUGGAUUGGGCCGUGGAUCUCGGCGUCAAUUGGCAGUGAUCUUGGAUGAGUUCUGGGGUUGUCUUUUUGAUUUUCAUGGGAACCUAACACAAGAAGCAAUGCUGAAGAAGUAUGACGUUUUAUUGGGAAUUGAUACCAAAGUGGCAUAUUCAAUGGGUUAUAACUCUCCCAAUGGAAGGAGUUUGUCCAGUUUGAAUUUUAUGGGAAUUACGCCUUCGUCCCAUGACGUGCUGCUGGAAAAUACUCUUUUGCAAAGAUCCUCUGGAAGUCUAUGUGAACCUAUACAAAGACCUUACUCUAGUUUACACAUGCCACAGUUUUCUGAGGAUAGGGAUUUCCAGCCUGCAACAAUACAUGGGUACCAGAUGGCAUCUCAUUGGAAAGGAAAUGGGGCAGGGAGAAAUUAUUUAUCCUCGUAUACUUCUCAACCUCAAACUACUAUUAAAUCUAUUUCACCACUUGUUCCAAGCCUUAGAGAUUCCGUCUUAUAUGCUCAUAGACAGAGUGGACUAGGCUUUGUUGGAUCCUCUGUUUUGCAGAGUCCAAUAGCACCGAGAGUCAACAGAGGAAUGCUUGAAUCAUCUUAUUAUGACCACUCCUUGAUCGAACCACCUAGCGGUAGUGUUGGGUCUUCUGCUUAUGCAAAGAAAUACCAUAGUUCUCCAGAUAUUUCUGCUGUUAUUUCUGCUUGCAGGAAUUCCUUGUUAAGCGAAAUGAAGAAGCCUAUAGGCCCCAGAUCAUCUUUGGGUCAGAUGACCUUGGAAAAUUCACAAUACAAUAACAUUUUAUCUGGGACUGGAAUCCCAUUAGCAUUUGAUCAAAUUUCCCCGACCAAACUCCAUGACAAUGUCUUCUCGCUUCAGUCAAGCAUGAACCAGGAUGCCAAAUCACUUUGGUCUAUACAACCAUUUGAACUGUCUGGAGUGAUGGAAAGAGACCAGACAAGAAAAAGAAUAAUCUCUGACAAACCAAGACUUGCCCCUAGAGAAAUUUUCUCUUAUUCAGAAUCAGAAUCCAAGUUACUUCACUCUCUUAGAUUUUGUAUCCAGAGGCUUCUGAACUUGGAAGGAUCAGAUUGGCUCUUCAGAUCAAACGGUGGUUCUGAUGAGGAACUCAUUAAUCAAGUUGCUCUCAAUGAGAAAAGUGUGUGGGGACAUGGCAUUGAUGAUUUUCAUGGAGUAUAUUCAAGUGAACUUCAGUACUAUUCCUCCACUAAUAAGUUCACUUCGGUCCAGCGGGACGAGGAGACAAAUUCUUCUUUUCCUUUAAACAUUUCUAAGUGCGGAGAUGAUUGUAUUUGGCGGGCAUCACUUGUUGUGAGUUUUGGAGUUUGGUGUGUUCGACGCAUCUUGGAUUUGUCACUAGUUGAGAGUCGGCCAGAGCUAUGGGGAAAAUAUACAUAUGUUCUCAACCGGCUUCAGGGAAUUCUUGAGCUUGCAUUCCUUAAGCCCCGGUUUCCGCUGGCUGCAUGCUUGUGUUUUGAAGGCCAACCAAAUGAUACUAACAACUGUUUGAUGCAAAGUUUCCUGGACAAAGCUGAAAUGCCAGUCCAAGGAUCCUUCACGACUUCAUGUAUGAUCCUUGAGAGCAUUAAGGAUGUUGAAAUUGCGGUUGCUAGCCGCAAGGGCAGAACAGGUACCGCUGCCGGAGACAUUGCAUUUCCUAAAGGAAAAGAGAAUUUAGCGUCCGUUUUGAAGCGAUACAAACGCCGGCUAUCAAACUAGUUUUCAAGGGAACAUGAGUUCGGCAUGGUUGAAAGAGUUGUGUUUGCCUUCUGGGUUUCCAUUCCAUGUGUGUUGUAUAAGAGUGCAAAUUAUAUCGAAAUACAACAGAGGUGUAAAAUUAUUGUCUGAAUGGUUUUGUUUUGUUUUUGAAGUUUUUUUUUUUUUUGUAAUUUUUUUCAGAGACAAAAUCCAUUUUGUUGGAUCUCUUCUCUUGUAAAAUGUAAUAAAUUGUGAGUUUCUUACUCGAUCUAAUUUUACAGUUA